GGGCUGGUGAAACUGUGGAGCGCAUUAACAUUGCUGGGAUCGUAUCAGAAUAAGGCGUGUGCGUUUAGAGUUACACAGGUGUCACCGUUUUUGCUAGCUCUGUCCGGGAAUAGUCGCGAACUGCAGUUUGGAGAGGAUUUAACUUUGUAAGAAGAGACUACACGUGCCAUACCUUGUAAAAAUGACGUAUAUUCUUAGAAGAUAUAUUUUCAGCAAAGUCAAUUCAGCAUUUGCUGGGGCACUAACAGUUCCGGCUCACCUCACGGUAGGGCGCAGGUUGCUCUACGUUGGGGAACGAGCAUCGCUAACAAAAACAUUCAGUGCCAAAGAUGUUGUGCUUUUUGCUGAGCUGACGGGGGACACUAACCCGCUCCACCUUGACCCCGAAUAUGCCAAAACGACCUCUUUUGAGUCCCCCAUUGUUCACGGAGUGCUGAUUAACGGUCUGAUCUCAGCAGUUUUGGGGACGAAGUUGCCCGGUAAUGGCUGCAUUUUUCUCUAUCAGGAAAUACGUUUUCCUGCGCCGCUCUACAUCGGAGAGGAAGUGGUGGCGGAAGCGGAGGUCAAGAAGAUCAAAAUGUCCUUCUCUUUCAUUUCUGUUUCCUGCGCUGUCAAAGACAAAGUGGUGAUGGAGGGAGAGGUCAUUGUUAUGAUGCCAGCGAACACACAGGGAUCAUGAGAAUCUGCUCUCAUUUUGAGUCGAUGUUGUUGUUGUUAUUCAGUUUCUUGUGUUUAUGUACCACAUGUGCUGCCAGGAUCAAAUAUUCUCUCUAGAUUAUUUGUGUUCUUUUGAUGCUUUGGGAAAAUUAAAUGGAUUCACACAGUGAUUUGAUUUUCAUAAUAUUUUGUUUUCUGAAGUGCAGUUUAAAUAAACUUUGCAUGCAAAAAUAAGUAAAUUAUGGCUUUAUUAUAAACCGUUCAAAUACAGGCAGACAGCGAAGGUACAUAAAUGUUGUUUUAGACAUCAAUAGUGUAAAUGUUCAAGCUAAGAAUGAUCACUUCAUCAUUUAAAUGAAAAUGUUACAUGUAAAACAUUUUGAUUGUUUUUGUUUACAGACUUUUUUUUAGUAUUCAUCAAAAGUUCUAUAAACAUUUCUUUCAUAAACACUGUAGAGAGGCUUUCAUGUGGCAUAUUUGCAUUUGUGAAUGUUAAAAAAUAUAUUAUGAAAUAAAAUGUAAUUACAUGUAAAACUUAUUUAAAAUGUAAUUUGAAAAUAAAUAAUAAAUCUAUAAGGAAACAUGCAUCAUCAAUAAGAUGAUUAUUAACAUAAUGGCAAAACAGAAUAUACCUAUAAGAUAAACAUUUGUAGAAUAUUGUGGACAACAAAGACAUUAAAAUCUGUCCAAAGCAACCCAAUUCGUGUAGUUCUUUGGUGUAAGUUAGUGUUAGUUAGUAAACCCCAAGUUAACUCUGUAUUACUUACCUUAACAAGAAAACAUGUAAGAUUACUAUAUAAUAAAAAC